AUGGCUAAGCUUAAAUGGAUCCUUGACAAGGCGGCUGUAGAGAAUGAGCCGGGGCUUAGCAAUGCCCAACUGAUGCUGACGAAUAAGGAUUUGCGGCCAGUGGAACCCGAACGGCGUCAAUGGAAAUGGCUCAAUUUUGUUGCUUUCUGGAUUGCGGACUCCUUAAAUAUCAACACAUGGAUGAUCUCUUCCUCGAUGAUCGUGGACGGACUGUCCUGGUGGCAGUCCUGGAUCUGCGUCUGGGUUGGAUAUUUUGUGGCUGCUUCCUUUGUGUGCCUGACUGGUCGUAUUGGCGCUGUCUAUCACAUUUCCUUCCCGGUUACAGUUCGAGCGUCAUUUGGAAUCUGGGGAGCUUUCUGGCCGGUCAUCAAUCGCGUGGUAAUGGCCGUCAUUUGGUACGGUGUGCAGAGCUAUAUCGGAGGCCAGUGUGUCACAUUGAUGAUUGAAGCGAUUUGGCCAAGCUACCGAAAUCUUCACAAUGGUCUAUCCGCCAGUGCCGGCGUGGACACCAAGAACUUCCUCAGCUUCUUCCUAUUCUGGCUGUGCUCGCUUCCUGUCCUAUGGUUUCCCGUUCACAAAGUCCGCCACUUGUUCACCGUCAAGGCGAUCUAUUCCCCCAUUGCCGCCAUUGCCUUCUUCGCCUGGGCUAUCUCCCGUGCCCACGGUCUCGGACCCAUCAUCCACCAGUCCAACACAGUCCACGGAAGCGAUCUCUCAUGGGCAAUGGUGAAAGGAAUCAUGUCCUGCAUCGGAAACUUCGCAGCACUGAUCAUGAACGACCCGGAUUUCUCCCGCUUCGCACGAACACCAAGAGACGCCCUAUGGUCCCAGCUAUUCACGAUCCCCGUCGGCUUCGGCAUCACCUCCUUCAUCGGCAUCAUCGUCUCUUCUUCCUCAGCGGUAAUCUUCAAAGACGGCUACACCUGGAAUCCCCUCGAACUCCUCGGCAAAUUCCUCGACGGAGCCAGUUCCGGCCAGCGCUUCGGCAUCUUCAUCAUCGCCACUGGCUUUGCCCUCGCCCAGCUCGGAACCAACAUUGCUGCAAACUCCGUCUCAGCCGGAACAGAUUUGACUGCCCUCCUACCCAAAUACUUGAAUGUCCGACGCGGCAGUUACAUCUGUGCCAUCGUCGGUCUAGCCAUGUGUCCCUGGAAUCUCCUCUCAACCUCAAACAAUUUUACCACCUAUCUUUCCGCCUACUCCCUCUUCCUCUCCGCCAUCGCCGGCGUCAUGCUCUGCGACUACUACAUCGUGCGAAAAGGCUACCUGAACAUAACACACCUCUACAGCGCCAGCAAAUCAGACGCUUACUACUACACCUGUGGCUUCUCCUGGCGUGCCUAUACAGCCUACAUCUGCGGCAUCAUGAUCAACAUCGUCGGCUUCGCCGGAGCCGUUGGUCGUAGUGUCCCUGUCGGCGCGCAGUAUAUCUACAACGUCAAUUACUUUACCGGUGUCAUUGUUUCGGGAACUGUGUAUCUCCUGCUGACGCGGUUAUUCCCUCUCCCGGAGACGAGUGCCACUUGGAAUGAGGUUGAUAUUGAUGCAGAGGUCUUAUCUUAUGGGAAGGAUCCGAAUGAUUUGGAGGGCAGUGGAGAUGGAAGGAAGUCGUUUGAGGAUGGCUUUGGGCUUGAUGGGGAUCGGAAGGGGAUGAGUGCCUUAGGGAAGAUGGUUUAG